AUGACCGGAUGUUCGUUUGCUGCUAUCGUCAAUAAGCUUGAAGAGUACGAUGACUUUGUAAGAGCUGAAAAAAUUGUUAAUGUCUCUGCCCUCAAAUCGCAGUUGGAUGCUUCACAAGGACAAGGGAGUAGUGGGAAAAAGCCGCAAUUUAAGAAGAAAGAGGGGGAAGCUGCCUUUAUCUGGGACCAAAACCCUACACCAAGACCCAGAUUUCAACAUAAACCAGCAUAUUCACCGCCUUAUCCUUACUAUUCAAAUCCUCACCCUGUCUAUAACACCAAUAUCUCCCACCCCCGACCUCGCCCAAAUUACGCCAACCCACCUACGGUCCCUUUUCAAAUAUUUCAACCUAACUUUCAACAAAUUCGACCCAGACCUCCCUACAACCCAAGAUUUCCCCCACCAAACAGACCUACCUAUAACUAUCCUCAACCCGCUGAUACCUACAAUCAAAAUCGUACCCGAACGUUCACCAAUCUAGGCAGGCCUUUGGACCAGUUGUAUGAACAAUUGAAGGCUGCCGGUAAGAUAGGCGUGAUUCCCCCUCCCACAUAUCCUUAUGGCAUGCCUGCCGGGUAUAAUCCCCAGGCUACUUGUGCUUAUCAUUCAGGAGCACCUGGUCACUCUACUGCCAAUUGUCGACUCCUUAAGCAUAAAGUUCAAGACAUGCUUGAAGCAGGGAAAAUUGUGAUUAGGAAAAGAGAAGAACAAGGACCGAACGUGAGCAAGAAUCCUUUGCCAGAACACACUGAUACCGUCGGAGUUAUUAUGGAUGAUGAGGAAUUCAAAAAGCUUGUCCGAAGCAUGUCAAGUGAAAUCGAAGUGUUUGGAAUAAUGGAUCAACCUUUUGUAAUAGAAGAAGCGUCGUAUGAGGAAGACAAAAAACCCUUCAUUUUAGACCUAACCCCAUCUGAAAGUGCGGUUUUAGAACCUGUGAUAAUUGAGUUCCCAGAACAAAUGCCAGUUUUUAGCUUACAGCAAGUACCAUGGAAUUAUAGUAAGCCCAUUUUGCAUAUUGGAGGCAAACCAGUUUUGAUGGAAGAAGCGUCUGUUAGUGCCCCAGUCCAAGGAAGCAAUUGUGAACCGACUACCAAACCUGCAGUGACCGAAAGAGAAGCAUGGGAUUUUCUCAAGAGGCUUAAGAGAAGCGAAUACAAUGUGGUUGAGCAAUUGAACAAAAUGUCUGCCCAAAUUUCUAUCCUAGACUUGCUUUUCACCUCAGACUUGCAUAGGGAUGCAUUACUUGAAGUGUUGACUAAGGCUCGUAUUCCCAAGGAUAUUUCGGUUGACAAUUUCUCGCACAUAGUUGGGAAUGUACUGACUUCCAAACAAAUCACCUUUUCUGAUGAAGAGCUGCCUGCGGAAGGAACUGGUCAUAACAAGGCCUUGUAUGUAGCUGUGAGGUGCAAUGGAAAAAUGUUGCCUAAGGUACUGAUCGACAAUGGGUCUGCCCUUAAUAUUUGUCCUUGGAGUACGUUGGUGAAAUUAGGGCUGCAAGAUGUCAAACUAAAGCCCUCAGAGACCGUAGUUCGAGGAUUUGACGGAGCCCAAAGGGAGUCCCUAGGAGAAGCAAAUUUGGUGGUCGAAAUGGGGCCCACUCAAUUUCAGAUAGCCUGCCAAGUUAUGCAUUUUCCUAGUGUCUAUAAUGUUUUGCUUGGACGUCCGUGGAUCCAUAGCUCGGGCGCUGUCCCCUCUUCCCUGUAUCAAGUGCUGAAAUUUGUGGUGAACGACCAACUAAUAACCAUUUUUGCUGAAGAAGAUUGCAUUGUAAUCGCUGAUUCCGAGCCUGAGGAGGAUGGUAACCGAAAUGUUUCAGUGUCUUCUUAUCGUACAGCUGAUAUUGUCUCUGUGAGUUGGAUAACAAGCGAGGAGUCAAGAGACGAAAGAGUUAUGCCAGCGGCCGAUGUUAUGAUGGCCAAAGAAAUGAUUCGCGGAGGAUAUGAAUUCGGUAAGGGAUUGGGACGCGAUCUACAAGGUAUUCUGAAGCCCGUGGAACUCAUUGAAAAGAAGGACCUAUUUGGUUUGGGAUUCCGUCCGACUGCCAGAGAUAUACAAGAGAUGAAAGCACGCAAGAAGGCAGAAAAAGAUGGCAAGUUAGGUGCUUUAGACAUUCCACCACUACGCUAUACCUUUCCAAAGCUGGCUGAAGUCAUUACAUCUGAGUUUAGCCCAAUUGACGAAGUAGAGACGAGCCUGACUCAUUUGUUUGUGGGAGCAAUAAACGAAGACGGUCCGUCAGAUGAAGUCGAAUUCCCAGACAUUCCCCAAGGAGCUAUACACAACUGGAUCGCCGAGUACUUCCCCAUGCGAAAGGAGUUUCGAUAA